AUGUUGCCGGCGUGCGAAGGUUCAGGUAUCCAGUUGUCUCAGCAGCCGUCAUCGCAGCUGGUCUUCCGAAGGCACGGUGUGGAAGCGCACUCCGACGAGGAUGGGCCAAUGAAGGAGCUGUGGCUGCUUGAGCCCGAUCGGGCCAACAACGGGGCGCGCCGGACACUCCUCCGUGCGGUCGUGCAGGAGCCGAAGAUGCUGGCCGGCCGUGCCGUCCUGGAGAUGGACUCAGGUGCUGGGAUGGUCGGACUUGCAGCAGCACAUCUGUGUCGGACCAUGACGCUGACGGCUGCAGAUGACUUGGGAUGCCGGCUGCUGCGCUUCAACGCCCAAAGCCUCCACACUGCCACGAAUGCUUCCGGAAGGGCCAAAAGCUGUCAGGCCGCAUCGGUCAGCGGCAUCACUGGAAGACAGGUUCCUGUCUACGUCUACUCCAUGCCUCAGUCCACCUCGGGAGCCGGUGAGCUCGCACGACAAUGGCAGUGGGAUAGCGGCACAGCAAUGCGAAGCAUGCGCCCUUCACUGGUGGCGCCACAGUUUGAUGUGAUGCUGCACGCUGGUCGGAUCGCCCCCGAGGCAUUGCUGGAGCUUAGCUGCGAGCUGCUGACGUUGGGAGGUGUUCUCCUCGUGGUGGGAAAUGUCGUCGACGGCACCGAUCUGGCAGAGCUGGUGCACACUUCAAGACAGGUGAAACUCUUCAGCGUCGAGAGAGAUGAGGUGCUCCGCGACGAGGCUGAGGGCUACUUCCGGCUUCUGCAGCUCAGGAGGCGGCGCUGA